AAAAGACCGGCGUACCUAUACGGAUAUUUAAACCCCCCCCAAACGCCCAAACGGAAAGUAGACUUUGAAAACAGAUGCUUUCAAAAGAGGUGGGAGGCGGAGUACCUGUUUGCUAACAUUGACGGUAAGGCCAUGUGCCUUGUUUGCGGAGCUCAUGUGGCUGUACUUAAAAAGUAUAACAUGAGACGGCACUAUGAGACAAAACACGAGGACAAGUACAAACACAUGGACAUACAGCAGAAGCUAAAGAAGGUGGAAGAGUUUAAAAAGAGUCUGAUGGUAAAGCAGCGUAUGUCCAGAAAAGCAGCGUCACAAAGUGAGGCUGCUGUGAAAGCUAGUUUUAUAGUGGCAGAAAAGAUAGCUAAAUCAGGCCGGCCGUUUACAGAGGGGGAGUUUUUGAAGUGCUGCAUGAUUAAAGUGUGCGAAGUCUUGUGUCCAGACCAAAAGCAAGCAUUUUUGAAUGUAAGCCUAAGCAGAAAUGCUGUUGAUGGUCAUAUAUGUGAACUUGCCACUGAUUUACAAAUGCAAUUAUUUGAAAGAGGGAAAAAUUUCAUUGCAUAUUCCCUUGCUGUGGAUGUGAGCGCUGACAUUACUGGUAUGGCACAGCUGACAAUCUUCAUUCGUGGAGUGGACUCAAGUUUAUGCGUUACAGAGGAACUUUUGGAUAUGAGAUCAAUGGAUGGCACUACCACUGGAAAAGACAUAUUUGAAGCAGUAUCUAAAAGCAUAAAUGACAUGAAACUGCCCUGGGACAAACUUACGGGACUGACAACAGAUGGAACACCUUCGAUGUGCAUGGAAGAGAGUGGAUUAGUAGGAAGGAUGUGUGAGAAGAUGAAGAGGGAGAAUUGCAUAGGUGAGCUGAUAGUAUAUCACAGCAUCAUACACCAGGAAACACUAUGUGGCAAAGCCCUGAAGAUGGAACAUGUAAUGUACACUGUAAUACAGAUAGUUAACUUUAUAAGAGACAAAGGUUUAAAUCACUGUCAAUUUAAGUCUUUUCUGGAGGAAAUAUAUUCUGAACUUGGUGACCUGUCCUAUCACACACAACUGCGAUGGCUCAGUCAUGAAAAAGUGCUCAGAUUUUUUGAGUUGCGUGAGACGAUCUGUCAGUUCAUGAAAAGUAAAGGAAAAGACUCCACAGUACUGCAGGAUGAAAAGUGGCUGUGUGAGUUAGCUUUUCUGUGCGACAUAACAAAGCAUCUCACUGCACUAAACCUUCAGCUUCAGGGACGGGACUCUGUGAUCACAGACAUGUAUGAUGCAGUGAAUGCCUUUCAGGUUAAGCUGAAACUCUGGGACAUUCAGAUGAAACAAGGAAAUUUGAGUCACUUUCCCUGUUGCCAAACAAUCCUAAACCAAGUCACCACCACUGUGUUCUCACAUACUUAUUUUGGUGAUAAACUGAACAUACUUCACAUGGAGUUUACACGUCGCUUUGUUAAAUUUGAAGGACAGAAAUUCAAUUUUGAACUACUCAGCAAUCCAUUUGCAAUUGAUGUGAGGAAAGCACCUGUAAAUAUCCAGAUGGAGCUGAUAGAACUCCAAUGUAGCAGCACACUUAAAGCAAAGUAUGAUUCUGUGGGGCCCGUGCAUUUCAGCAGGUUCAUCCCUAAAGCGAUGCCCCAACUCCGGCUACAAGCUGCUCGAAUGCUCUGCAUGUUUGGUAGUACAUAUGUGUGUGAGCAUGUUUUCUCUGUGAUAAAGGUGAACAAAAGCGCACACAGAAGUCUUCUCACUGAUGAACAAUUCCACUCUAUCCUAAGAGUGUCCACAGCCCAGAACUUGACCUCAAACAUAGAUGAACUUGUAAGCAAAAAAAUAGGCCAAACAUCAGCCUCGGACAAAAUGGCAUGAGAAAGAACUAAAUAUGCUGUUUCUUUGUUUUUGCAGAUUUAUUUGAAAUAUUUGAAUUGAAUGUUAAUCCUGUUUGACCCACAUCUUAGACAUAAUGCACUCCUCAACUAAUAUGAUACAUAGUCUUACAUGCAACUGGCCCUUUGAGGGCAACCAUAAUGCUGAUAUGGCCCUCAAUAAAAUUGAGUUUGACACCCCUGCUUUAACGCAUGCAUCCACCUACCAGCACCUGCAUGCUUGCACACCAAUCUGAAGUCCUUCAACAGGCAGCUUGUAUCUGCCAUGAUCAGUCCUACAAUCUUAAGCCUUCUAAGACAGUGGUCACCAACCAGUGGGCCA